AUGAUGGAGAAUGGAAAAGAGGGCAAUAAUAAUGGUAUAAUUGAGGUCAGUGAAAAGGGCCCACCUACUGGAAAGCGCAAGAGAUCUCCCAAUGGCACUGGAAAGGAGCAAGUCACUUUGUCUAUACUGGAGAAGAGUGUCAGAGAUUUUGCUAUAGCAGGAUAUGAUUAUCUACACAUGUAUAUUGCUACUCAGAACACUUUUCCUGACAAUACCGCCAAAUCUUCUUUCUCCUGGAAGUGCUUAGAGGAAGCUGUAGCUUCUCGCAAGGAAUUGAAACAACUUAUGGAGCAAGAGUCGAAGGUGCAGAAGACCAAAGAGAUGCUCAUAGACUAUGUACCACCUUUAUGA